AUGGCGGUUUCCAGCGAGAAUGCGGCGCAUGUGGCAGCAGAUGUGUGGUACCCGGAUACCGGGGCUACGUCUCACGCGACUCCAGACAAUCAAAUGUUAAGCCACUCUGAGGCCUACACCGGCGGGGAUGUUCUUAAAAUCGGAAAUGGCACAGGUUUGGAUGUUUCACGUGUGGGGCAUACGUCUCCUGUUCAGACUACUGAGAGUCCUACUAUAGCGCCCUGGUGGGCCGAGCUAAUUGUUGUCGCUACUCAGUUUGCACCACUAGCUGUGAAAUUACCUAUGGCACAGGAACCAAGCCCUUUGGCCAUAGCAGCUCCAACGGAUACUCAUGUUACAUCGGGUCCACCUGCUGGGACUCGUAAGGCACCCUGGGGCCGGGGCAAGCCCCAAGUCCCACAUACCAUGCGUACUCGGCACAAAACACGUGGCACAGAUGAAGAGUUCUAUGUUCUUACUGCGUCCGCUGAUCCCACCUGCUACUCCCAGGCCGUUGGGCACCCACAGUGGCGGGAUGCCAUGGACCAGGAGUUCAAUGCCCUGUUACACAACAACACCUGGGAACUCACCCCAGCUACACCGCAUAUGAACAUCAUCGGCUGCAAAUGGGUUUUUCGCACCAAGCGCAAAGUCGAUGGUUCAGUUGAACGCUAUAAGGCGCAGCUGGUCGCCAAAGGGUGGACACUAUGGCAACUGGAUGUCCACAACACCUUUCUAAACGGGCAUCUAGCUGAAACCGUCUAUGUGAAGCAGCCACCCGGCUACGAGGAUUUGGCUCGGCUCAAUCAUGUCUGUCAUUUGCAAUGGUCUCUGUACGGGCUAAAGCAAGCACCACGUGCCUGGUUCAAGCGGUUGCAUGACUUCUUGACUCCCACUGGGUUUUUGGCGUCCAAAACGGAUGUCUCUCUCUUUCACUACACUUUUGGUGAUUCUCGGGUCUUUCUGUUGGUCUACGUCGACGACAUUAUCAUGAUGGGUAAUGAUCCAGGCUUGGUUACCACCUUACUGCAUCGUUUGUCCACGACGUUCAAGAUUAAGAAUCUGGGUCCACCGAGCUUCUUCUUAGGGAUUGAGACCCUCACGAUUGGCGACAGUUUUCUUUUCUCUCAACGCCGGUUAUGUCAGUUCAUGCAUUCUCCCACAGAUGAUCAUUGGAGUCUACUAAAGCGGGUCCUACGGUAUAUCAAGGGGACUCAAGAUUACGGCCUUCAACUCCGCCCGUCAGCAUCGUCUGAUCUGCAUGCGUUCUCUGACUCUGAAUGGGCAGGUUGUCCGGUUGAUCGAAAGUCCACCAGUGGGUACGUAGUCUUCCUCGGGGAAAACCUAGUUUCUUGGGUUUCUCGCAAGCAGCACACAGUGGCGAGGUCUUCAACAGAAGCAGAGUACAAGGGUCUGGCAGAUGUUGCAGCCGAGGUCACUUGGGUAGUCUCUUUGCUAUGUGAACUUGGGCUCUACUCGGGCAAGCUGGCUACGCUAUCUUGGUGCCACAUAUUUAGCUGCAAAUCCAGUGUUCCACACUCGUACGAAGCAUGUUGA